ACAACUCACUCCUAUUAUCAUUCUCUCCUCCUCAUAUUGUAUUUUUAAUCAUCAUCAUCAUCAUUCUAUUCAAUUCUACUACUAAUUAUAUUAAAACCAUUUUCUUUUUAUACAAAAUUACUACUUCAACUAAAUGGCUUCUUCUAAUAUUGAUCAACCAUGGAUGUUUAGAUCCAUAGGUGGAGGUGUGGGAGAUUCAUGGUAUCCUACUAGUGAUGCUUUUGCUAGAGAAACCGAAUCCGCUCUAACAAAAGCAUUACAACAAUCCCUUUUUAAUAACCCCCAACAAUUUUCUGAAAAUAUUUCCGUACUAAACCAUCCGGUUAUGGUGGAACAGAAGCAGAAUCAGCAAAAUAACGAUUAUUAUUAUUAUACGAAUAAUAAUAAUGCUACUGCUUCUGCUUCCACCAUAACUGUUUCAGGUUCAGGUUCCGAACCUGAAACACCCGGAUCUAGACCCACCAGAGGAAACAAUAAUAAUAAUAAUAAUAAUAACAAUCUUGGUGUAAUGAAUGGUAAAACCACCAAACGUAAGUCACGUGCUUCAAAAAGGUCUAUGACAACUUUUAUCCAAGCAGACCCUGCCAAUUUUAGGCAGAUGGUCCAACAAGUAACCGGGGUCAAGUUUGAAGGAAAUGGUAUUAAUAACGCACAGUUUCCGUCUGUUAUAAAGCCGGAAACUGUCCGUCAACCUUACAUCAACAACAAGUUACAAGGAUUGUUACCAACUUUGGACACGUCGGCUUAUUUGCUUGACCAUCAUCAAAGCAAUAAUUAUCGUGGGUCUUCGGGUUCGGGUUUGACCCAAGAUGGUGGUGUUGGAAAUGAUUUUUAUGCUUUUUCUUGCUUCCCAACGCUUGAAUCAUCAAUCUAAUCUAAUUGUAAUAAAAAUGUUGUGUUGGUGUUUUUUUUUCGGGGAUUGUAGUUAGUAGUUUAGAUGUUUUUAGGGCCAUCUUUUUUUUUUUUUAAUGGAGAUGUAAUGUAAUUGGCAUAUUUUGAUCCAUUUGCUUUAUUAUUAGAUACAUGUACUUUAUGCUGAAAAAGUUGGUCUA